UGGGCGGGGCCGGUAGCGGCGGGAGACGCUCAGGCCAGGGGUUCCGGCUGCAUUUCCAUGAGCGCAGCCGGCAGCCGCGGAGCUGCGGGGACCUGACUGUGGGCGAGCUGGGCAGCUGUAGGCAUCCACGUUCAGGUUAAUUUGAAUAAGAGAUCUGAUCUGACCAGCCCCAGUGUACAACUCUUCAAGGAAAAUUAAUAUUUGCCCUGAGAGGAACAAGUGACAUAGAUCAAGAUGAAUGCCAUGAUGGACACUCCUGAGCUUCCAGCCGUGUUUGAUGGGGUGAAGCUGGCUGCAGUGGCUGCUGUGCUGUAUGUGAUUGUCCGGUGUUUGAACCUGAAGAGCCCCACAGCCCCACCUGACCUCUACUUUCAGGACUCAGGGCUGUCACGCUUCCUGCUCAAGUCCUGUCCUCUUCUGACCAAAGAAUACAUUCCACCAUUGAUAUGGGGGAAAAGCGGACACAUCCAGACGGCCUUGUAUGGGAAGAUGGGAAGGGUGAGGUCGCCACACCCUUACGGGCAUCGGAAGUUCAUCACCAUGUCCGAUGGAGCCACGUCUACAUUUGACCUCUUCGAGCCCUUGGCGGAGCACUGUGUUGGAGAUGAUAUCACCAUGGUCAUCUGCCCUGGAAUUGCCAACCACAGUGAGAAGCAGUACAUCCGCACCUUUGUUGAUUAUGCACAGAAAAAUGGCUAUCGGUGCGCUGUGCUGAACCACCUGGGCGCCCUGCCCAACAUUGAGCUGACUUCGCCUCGCAUGUUCACCUACGGCUGCACGUGGGAAUUCGGAGCCAUGGUGAACUACAUCAAGAAGACGUACCCCCUGACCCAGCUGGUCGUCGUGGGCUUCAGCUUGGGGGGCAACAUUGUGUGCAAGUACUUGGGGGAGACCCAGGCAAACCAGGAGAAGGUCCUGUGCUGCGUGAGUGUGUGCCAGGGGUACAGCGCGCUAAGAGCCCAGGAGACCUUCAUGCAGUGGGACCAGUGCCGGCGCUUCUACAACUUCCUCAUGGCCGACAACAUGAAGAAGAUCAUCCUCUCACACAGGCAAGCUCUCUUUGGAGACCACGUUAAGAAGCCCCAGAGCUUGGAGGAUACAGAUUUGAGUCGACUCUACACGGCAACGUCCCUGACACAGAUCGACGACAACGUGAUGAGGAAGUUCCAUGGCUAUAACUCCCUGCAGGAGUACUAUGAGGAAGAGAGCUGCAUGAGGUACCUGCACAGGAUUUAUGUACCCCUCAUGUUGGUGAAUGCAGCUGAUGACCCCUUGGUGCAUGAAAGUCUUCUAACCAUUCCGAAAUCUCUUUCAGAGAAACGGGAGAAUGUCAUGUUCGUGCUGCCCCUGCACGGGGGCCACCUGGGCUUCUUUGAAGGCUCUGUGCUGUUCCCCGAGCCCCUGACGUGGAUGGAUAAGCUGGUGGUGGAGUACGCCAAUGCCAUUUGCCAUUGGGAACGAAACAAGUCGCAGUGCUCUGACACAGAGCAGGUGGAGGCCGAGCUGGAGUGAGGCCUCGGGACUCUGGCGCUCUCCAGCAGCCCUCCCCUGGGCCCCGCGUUCCCUCGAUGGCUGCUUCAGGUCUCCCAUCUCCCUCAGUGACCUGGAUCUGACCUCACACCCUCAGCGGGGGCGUCCAUCAUGCACACCUGUCUCCAGUAGGCGCUCUCCCCUGGGAGCUCCAGGCUAUUUUUGUGCUUAGUUACUGGUUUCCUCCAUUGCAUUGUUAGCCAUGGUGACAAGCAACAGGGUUCUCACCCUUGUCGGGUUUCAGCGUUUGACUGCUUUUAAGCCAAGUACAUCUAGUUUCCUUAUGUAAAGUGUGUCUGAACAGCAAUUUUGCUUUGCCAAUCAAAAGGCUCUUCCUGAGAACAGCGAAAGACGUGUGUUACUUCGUGCUGGCUGGCUGUACCCUUCUGAAGGGUUCCCUUUCCUAGGCCAGUGCUGAAGACACAGCUGAGCUUGGGAAUCCUAGGGCCUGGGGCUUCCAGGCUGAAACAAACGUGGCCUCUUAAAUGGCCAAGGAAUUCCCCUGAGUCCCAAGCCAAGUUUUCUCCCUCCCUCCCUCCCUCCCAAGCAAUUUCCCCACACCUGGCUGCUGCUGAGAUUUGCAUGGGGCACUUGUUAAAAGUUCAGCCUCCCAGGCCCCUCCCCUUGCACAAGGUCUGGGAAGGGGUCUGGGGAUUUUAAUUUUUGACAAAUGCCCCAGGGGAUUCUCAUCAUCAGGCAAACUUGGGAAACACCUUUCUGGGCACCUUUCGGUCAGACCAUCUUGGUGGCUUGUUUUACUGUAACUUGUAGUCAUUGGUGUCACUUCACCCCCAGGGGCCUUCAGUACAGCAAGGCAUGUUGUGUAACUGCUCUGUGCGAUCACAAUGCAAUGUCCCUGUCCCCACAAAGGUCCUGAGUAGGAGUGGGAAUUUGGGCCGAGCCCUGGCUCUCCUUCUCACUGGGUAUAUGACUCUGUAGGAGUCCCUUUGGACUUGAGUCUCUUCACCUAUGACAUGGGGGCCUUGGACCAGGUCCAUUGACGACAUGACCACCGAUGCUGAAGUUCAAUGACAAACUCAGUUUACUGAGAUUUGAGAGAACAUCCCUCCUGGGACUGUGCAGAUAUCAUCAUUUGCCUUUUUUGUUCCCUGUCCCUCAUUUCAUAUAAAGAGAUUUUAGGGAUCUUUUUAAGCACUUAAUUGUAAUUUUAGUUUUUAACCCUGGUCCCUGUAACUCUGGUUUUUGAUACCAUGCAAUUCAAAAGUUGGAUCUGAGUUUGAAGAAAGAUAUUUCCAACCAAAGGUGUUACUUGAAACUAGAUUUUGAAGGGAAUAGUCUCCAAUUGUUAUCUGUUGGAUGGAUCUUUCUGAAAUGUCUUCUCAAGUGACAAUGUCACUGUAGGUUUCAAGUACUCUUCUCCAAUCCUGUGGUACUUGAAUAUCUAAGAACCCUGCACUUCGAAAAAUCAUCAGUUGCUCUCUGGAAGCAAACAGAGCGAUGAGUGAAGUCAGCUGGCAACUUUACAAAGCUAUUUUCUCACUUUCAUCUCCUCUCACCGCAGGACAGACUAGAAAAUAAUUUUUGGGUCCCUGGGCAGGGGGCAUUUGAGCACCUAAAUGCCAGCCCGCGGGGCUGUACUGGACAGAGUUUGGGUACCGGCCCAAGUGACUGUGACAGUAAUGUCUGUAACCUGAAGAAACUAUUUCCUGACAAUCACCAGAUCACCCUAAUAACAUCAGAAACAGCCAUUCUCUCAAAAGACUGAGAUUUCUGUGGUUUCAACUUUGCUUUGGUAUAAUUUCUCACAGCAUCAAAUUAUAGAAUCUGGCUUUCCCCCCAAAACUGUUGUUUCUUCCGUGCAUUUUCGUUUCAUGUUCUUUUUGCACAAAUUGGCACUUUAUCCUUUGCCCCUCAAUUUGGAAGCUAGUCUUUCUCCUCUGUUACUUAGCUCCUACCACCCAAUCACAACUACAGUCUGGAAGAUUCCUAGCCAUGGUUCCUGCACUGGCCUUCAUCUCUAGAAGGGAUUUUCACUUUUUGUGAAAAUAGGUAAACCAAGCAAUAACUUGAAACAGUUGAGUCACCGUCCCCAGAAAUGAGGGGCUCCUUUUGUUUGCCCGAGACCGCAUAGACAAGAGUGGUGGCCCAGUGCCAAUCACCUCAGGAGAAAAGACAGUGGUCUCACACACAGAGGGACUGGAGGUAUCCUCGGAGCUUGGGGCACAGAUUUGCUAUCAGAAUUCGGGGGCUGAUAGAGGGCCGGAGCAGCUGAAGACUCUAGUGUGCAACCUGAAUGGCGCUUACAUUCCAUUUUGGUUCACAUGACAUCAGCUGAAGCCCUUCAUUCAGGCUGCAGGCUCUCAGGCAGGAAAUGAGCACGGGACCGUGGCUGUCUCACAGGAGAAUCCUUGUUUGUGCCUGAAUGAGCACAGAGGGACUGAACAUGAAGAUGCAAAGUCGCUCAGUCAACAAGGGACUGGCCCUUUCUAUGUAGGUCAUCUUUCCCCUUCCUCUGGGCUUCUGCACUCUUCUCCCCAAAGCCAUUCACUGCUCCUGAGAAUGCAAAUAUUCUCCUUGCUGGGAAGGUCUUAUUUAGGCUAAAACAAGACUGAGUCUUUGAAGAGUGUUGAAAUCUCCUAUUUUAAAAUCGUAUUUGGCAGCAAUAACUUGUCAAAAACUGAGGGGCAGAAGCACCCACUUUUUCCUUGCCCCCCAAACAAUUGGAAGACACUGAUCCUAGUCAUUCUCUGACUUGAACAGCAUCCAGCCUCUUUGAUGUAUUCAUACGAGAAGGGAGUUUAACGGAGUAGAAGACGACCUCUUUCCUGCAGCAAGUUGUACCAAUGAUUCCAGAGCAGAGCGAGGAGAGAAAGUUGUAUUUUGUUGUCAUAUUCCUUAAUCUCUCUGUAGGGAAUCUUAGGCUCUACCACAAGGGGAUCUACCUUCCAAGGGGAGCAUUCCCGACAUGGUGUUAUAUAGAACCAGGGCCCGAGAGACCCAGCCUCUUAACCACUGUCCCAAACUAACCUUGGACAAGUGGGCAAGUCACUUCAUCUCUCCACCUGCCACUCCUCUCAGGCCAUCUCUAAGGCCAUGUCACCUGCCAGGUCAUUGUUGAACUUUUGCUCACAGGUGGCGGGGGUUGGUCACUGCCCACAGCUUACCACAAAGGGCCUGGGAGAAAAGAAGUUUGUUCAUUCAGCUUUUCCCUGUUAGGACAGUGGAUACUGUCCAAAGCCCUGUGUCUUUGACUGCCAUCUCUUCCAGAUCUCCACUGUUACCACAGUCUCCUUGUGAUUCCGAAGGCGGUCUUGUGACUGGCAGCUGCCGGCCACUAGAGUGAGGACAGUGUGUCCAUCCUUCAGUGGGACAAGGCAGAGCAUGGCGAAUUUCCAGAGCAGAAAUUCUUCCUUCUCAGGCUUUCAUUCUAAAGCACAGUCUUCACUGAGCUGAACUGUCUGGGCUGCUGAGCUGGUGUGACCAUCUGAAUGAGAGUGUUGUUUGUAACUGGGUGCCUUGAGAGGUGUUUCGCCAGCUCCAAGGAAACAAUGCAUGUCUUCUUAUUUGUGUUUGCCAGGCAAGUAGAUGCCUGAGAUGCAAAAGGCUUUUCUUUUUUUCUUUCCUUUUUGUGUUUUUCAGCACUGGGGACUGGACCCACAGCCUUCCUCCACAAUGAGUUAUCUCUCCAGCCCCCUUUUUUAUUUCUUAAGACAGGGUCUUGCCCAGAGAGGACUCAGACUCAUGAUCCUCCUGCCUCAGCUGUGGCCUUGACCUAACUGAGAGCUAGAAUAAAGAUCCCUGAAACAGCCCAUCGAGCUGAAGGAACUCUUAGACCUUUGUCCUUUAGGCAGAACAGAGUUGUCCGAGCAUUCCCCGCAGCCUCAUCACAAUACCAUCUGGAACUGUCUUCUCUGCCCACGAAGCCUUAACUUACCUCUAGAAGAUCCCUGGGAAUCAGCAAUACUGUGGGGCAGGAAUUCACAUUCUUCUGCGGUGGGAGUGGGACGCACAGGCACAGCCAAACCAGAGCGUUUCCUGCAGGAGCCUGAAGGCUCCUUAGGAAAUUACGCCCUGGCCUCCCAGCCCUCCACAGUGCGAGCACCCGCACAGGCAGGUGGCCUCAUCUCUAGCCCCCCUCUGUCUUUCUGGCCUCUUUCCUAUCAGAGCCACCUGGAUGACCUGGAUGCCUGCCUGCAAUAUCUUGAGACCAGGCAAUGGAGGGCGAGGCUUCCUUCCACCUCUGUGAUCUAAGCCGAAAGAGGUGCCCCUUUUUCAUAAAUUAGCUUGCUUUUGCCAAACUGUGUUUGGAGCUGAGAAAAGGGGCCUCACUGGCGGAGGGAACCAGAAGACCAGCCAAAGCAAAGGCCACCUGCUCUCCCUGUGUCACUGCUGCUACUGCCUCUGGUGCCACGGCCCACAUGCUCCCGGAUUGGCUCUUGGCAGCAGGCCACAGAGGACACUCAGACUCCUAGGGAACAGACAGCUGCGCCUUCAGAAGAGCCAGUCUGGCUCUUUCCCCCAGCAUAUAUGUGAGUAGAGCUUUUGUGUACAGCAUCUCUAAUGAAUAAACUGACGGUGAUUUCAGACUGGAGGACUAAGUUUCACAUUCUGCAUUUCAUAAAGUUGUCAGCUUUUGACUGGGCUCCUGUCAAACCUAUAACCUACCUUCUCCCUCUCUAGCCAAGAAAUCCAUUAUUGCCAUAAUUUGGGGGCAGUUCACGUAUAGCACUUACAGAAAUACCUUCCCUUAGUCACGAUGGGCUUUCUCCUCCCAGACCCACAGUCCCCUAGAGUAAUCGCUGCCCACCUUGGCCUCGGGGCCAACCACUUCUCUCCCAGGCUGUUCUCCUGAGUGGCCAAAGCUCCUGGUACAGAGUCAGGUUCUCUUUGUUUGUAUUGGGCCUCUGGUUUUCCUAAAGCACAAGUCCAUGUAGAAGCCUGUCCCCUCUCUACACCAGUCCCAGGUGAUCCGGGUCUCUCCCACUGCCUCAGGAAGACCUUCACUGUACCUGAGCUUCUGACAUCUGCCAUUGCAGCUGCCUUAGUGAUGCCAGGGGCGGGGCGGGGGGCGUGCCAGGCCCAUCUUUCUUUUUCCCUGUGAGACUCCUUUCGGCCACGUUCUUCUCCUGGCAGAUCUGCUUCCAGAUUGAUUUUUGAGAACCAUCACUUUUACAUUCCUGAUUCUGGUUCGUUUGUUUUUGUUCUUUUCGAAUUUCCCAAAACUUAAAACGCUACCCUGAAAAUACUAUAUUUUUGAGUUUUUUUCGUAUCACCUUUGCGCUGCUGGAUCUUUGGGGGGAAAUACAGACUCCUUCAGCGCCAAGGUGUUUAAGAUUUGCAACUAGCAAUGCAAUUUUUUCUAAAUAUGAGGAUAUUACCUUUAUUAAGAAAUUAUACUAAACAAUGAUGUCCUUGAUCAUUUUCUGUUCUCAUAUUGCUUUUGAUUCUACUUUGAUUCUGUGUGGUGGUGAACAAAGAUCAUUACAAACGAAAACUGUAAUUUUGUUAUCUUUGAUUCAAUGGAAUUUCUUUACUUAAAAAAAUAAAGACUAAAAAUGUGC